AUGGCAGCGAUUUCAUUCUCUGAAGAGGAUUUAGUUUGCCCUCAAUGCUCUGGGAUUUAUUACCUUCCUGUUCUGCUAAAAUGUGGCCACAACAUUUGCAGAGUUUGUUUACAGAAAUUCUGGGAAUGGAAAGGAUCUCGAGAAUGUCCUGUGUGUGGCACCGUGGCUGUCCCUGGGAGGCCUCCUAUCAAUUUGGCACUCAAGUUAGCUGCGGACAAGUAUCAAGUGAAAAACACCGGAGAGGAUCAAGAUGUUUGUUAUCUUCACAAGGAGAAGCUGACGAUUUUUUGUCAGAAUGACGAAGAGCCCAUCUGUCUCGUCUGCCAAAUGUCAAAACAGCAUAAAGUUCAUGAAUGCUGCCCAGUGGACGAGGCGGCCCAACAGAAAAAGACAGAAAUUUCAGCCAUGCUGGAGACCUUGAGGAAAAAGCUCAGAAUACUGGACCAGACCAAGGUGCACUGGGAGGAAACCAAAGAUUAUAUACAGAGCCAAGCUCAUCAAAAUGAGGAAGCGAUAAAGGAGGAGUUUGAGAAGCUGCACCUGUUCCUUUGGGAGGAGGAAAACAGUCGUCUGAAGGUGCUCAAACAGGAGGAGGAAGUUAAGACCCAGGUGAUGCGUGAGAAGCUGGAAAACAUCAAGGACCAGAUCAAAACCCUCUCUUCCACCAUCAGUGACAUCGAGGCAGCCCUCAGAGCCAAAGAUCUACCAUUUCUACAGGGGUACAAGCAGACAAAGAAAAGGGCGAAAAGCAACGUUAAAGAGCCAGGGUGUAUCAGAGACAUCCUGAUCAACUCUGCAAAGCAUCUUGGAUCACUGAGGUUUGGAAUUUGGAAGAAGAUGGCCAACAUCGUCACAUGUGCUCCCGUCACUUUGGAUCCAAACACGGCCCAGACCAACUUAAAGUUCUCGGAAGAGUUAACCUGUGUACAAUACUGCAGUAAGCAGCUCUCACCAGACAACCCUGAGCGCUGCACCAACCGCGUGUGUGUGCUUGGAGCGACCGGCUUCACAUCUGGGAAGCACACCUGGACCGUGCAGGUGGGCCAAGGUAAAGACUGGUACAUCGGAGUGGCCCAAGAGUCCAUCAAAAGGAAGAGCACCGUGUUCCUCAACCCGAGCGAGGGAUUCUGGGUGAUCGGCCUGUGCAACGGAGACUCAUUCUGGGCUCAGACCUCGACCCGCACCAAACUCGUGUUGAAGCAGAAGCCUGAGAAGAUUACUAUACAUCUCGACUACGACAAAGGAAAGGUGGUUUUUAUCAACGCUGCUGAUUUGACGAAAAUACACACAUUCAAAGAUCAGUUUAAAGAGAGGGUUUUCGCCUACUUCUCCCCUGGAUUGUGUGAAGACGGGAAAACCUCCAGCCCACUGAAAAUCUGUCCUCUGACAGUAAAAGUGGAUGUAGAGUCGACUUGCAUACAGUAG